AUGGCAGCCAACAUUGAACACAUUUUCCAAGAUUUUAUUUUGAACAAAAUCAAAGAAAUUGAAGAACAAAAGGAGGAACACACGGCGGUUGUGGUGGAGAGUCUCCCUGAAACUUGCCCACAAAAGAGCAGCUCUCCCGAAAAAGCCGACAAACGUCCACGCAGCUCCAGUCCGCACAAAAAACACAAAAAAAGCAAGAAACACAAGAGCAAGAAGAAGAAGAAGAGCAAAGGGAAGGAGCGAGACAGCAGCGACUAUGAGGACAGCAGCGGUAAACGUCGGCAGGACAGGUCUGGCACCGCGGGGGGCUCGGCAGUGACCCUGACACUGCUCUUUGACCCUGAGCUGGCGACACACGGAGACCCGGACCCAAAGCCAGUCUGCUCCAGGACUCAAAGACACGCCCGAACCCGGCCUAAAGGUCAAAAGAAGAAAGGAGCAGUAAAGAGAAAGUUCUGUGGGGGUUCUGUGGGAGUUCUGUGGGAGUUCUGUGGGAGUUCUGUGGGGGUUCUGUGGGGGUUCUGUGGGAGUUCUGUGGGAGUUCUGUGGGAGUUCUGUGGGAGUUCUGUGGGGGUUCUGUGGGAGUUCUGUGGGAGUUCUGUGGGAGUUCUGUGGGAGUUCUGUGGGAGUUCUGUGGGGGUUCUGUGGGGGUUCUGUGGGAGUUCUGUGGGAGUUCUGUGGGAGUUCUGUGGGAGUUCUGUGGGAGUUCUGUGGGAGUUCUGUGGGGGUUCUGUGGGAGUUCUGUGGGAGUUCUGUGGGGGUUCUGUGGGAGUUCUGUGGGAGUUCUGUGGGGGUUCUGUGGGAGUUCUGUGGGAGUUCUGUGGGAGUUCUGUGGGAGUUCUGUGGGAGUUCUGUGGGAGUUCUGUGGGAGUUCUGUGGGGGUUCUGUGGGGGUUCUGUGGGAGUUCUGUGGGAGUUCUGUGGGGGUUCUGUGGGAGUUCUGUGGGAGUUCUGUGGGAGUUCUGUGGGAGUUCUGUGGGAGUUCUGUGGGGAGCGCACGUCCAGCAGCCACGACCGCAGGAAGAGGAGGAGGAAGAGGAGGAGCCAGGACAGAGGCGCCUCCGAUUCUGGGGACGAAGACCGCAAAGACCAGAGCAAUGGCCCCAAUCCCCAACUGCCCGACAUCGUCCCCAAACAGGAAAGCACCAGUAAGAGCAGCAGGAAGUCCUCACACAGGAAGACCCGCUCCCGGACCAGGUCCAGGUCCAGGUCUCGCUCCUCUGCCCUGAGGACCACAACCGGGGACCACAGGAAGGCCAGGACCAGGUCCAGGACCAGGUCCAGAUCCAGGUCCAGAUCCAGGUCCAGAUCCAGAUUCAGAUCGGUGGAGAAGAAGCCCCUCUCCAGUGAUGGGCCUGUCCCAGCUCAGGCCUCCCCCACUGGGCCUGCGAGUGCCCAGGCCACGCCCAUGUUUGCCCCCGUGUUCACGCCACUGGCCACGCCCCAGGACUUGGCCCCGGUCCCGCCCCAGGACUUGGCCCAGUUCCCGCCCACAGUCACUGCCCAAGUCUCACCCGUGGUCACAGCUCAGGACACACCACAAGACACGGCCACAGUGAUGACCGCAGCCACUGCCAACACCACGUCUGAGGUCACAGCCACGGACACGCCCCAGGACACGCCCCGGGACACGCCCCGGGACACGCCCCGGGACACGCCCCAAGACACGCCCCGGGACACGCCCCAGGACACGCCCCGGGACAUGCCCCAAGACACGCCCCAGGACACGCCCGUGGUCAUUGCCCAGGAUAUGCCCCAGGACAAGGCCGUGGUCACAGCCCAGGUCCCCACAGAGGAGCACACGGAGCAGGACCUUGCCACGGGACGGCCAGACCCGGAGCCGAUCCCGUCUGAGACCAGAGAGAAGACUGCAGAGAAAACACAGGAGACCCUGAAAACUGAAGGGAAAAGUAAAUCUCAAUCAGCCUCUGUCAAGUCCAAGUCCGACACAAAAAGCAAAAGCUCUCGCACAACGUCUGCUGCCUCGCCCUCAAAGCACCGGAGGACGAGCCGAUCCCCGCACAAGAAGCGGGAGCACAAGGCCUCGCGGAGAGCCCGGUCCAAGAGCCGGUCCAAGAGCCGGUCCAAGAGCAGGUCUCCCGGCCGGAGGUCACCUGGGUGCAGGUCACCUGGGCGCAAGUCCCCCGGGCGCAGGUCCCCCGGGCGCAGGUCACCAGGGCGCAGGUCUCCCGGACGCAGGUCUCCCAGCCGCAGGAGGCGCUCCCGAAGCCGGAGUGCGAGGAGGAAGAGGUCCCGGUCCAGGUCUCGGGCUCGCAAGUCUCGGCGCUCUCGGAGCCACUCGGCGUCGAAGGAGCAGCGUCAGAGGAACCCCUACAGUCAGAGGGACCGCUGGAGGAGGGAGCCCAGCCGCUCCCCCGUCCUCAUCCUGCGCAAGAACCGCACCUCCCCCUCGGGCCGCGAGCGAGGAGGCUCCAGCAGCCCGCACCGCAUCAGCGACCUGGACAAGGGCCAGCUCCUGGAGAUCGCCAAAGCCAACGCCGCUGCCAUGUGUGUGAAGGCCGGGAUGGCCGUGCCCUCCAGCCUCCGCUCCACCGCCGCCCCCAUGGGCCUCCCUGUGGCUCUGAACCCGGCUAUGGCCAGUAUGACCGCAGCCUCCAUGACCGCCACCCUCUCCCUGCUGCCCUCCCUGAACUGCCCGCCCUCCUCUGGCGCCGGCUCGCUCAGCUCGGCUCUGGAGGAGGUGAAGAAGACGGUCCAGAAACAGGCCAACAUCAUCAGCAUCAAGGAGUUCACAGAAAAGUGUAAGAUGAUCGUGGACAGUAAAGGAGAGCUCCCCGUGGCUGCUCCACACGUCUCCGAUGAAGAGGACGAAGCCAAACCGUUCGGAGCCGCGGCGCUCAAAGAGCUGAAGGCCAUUCGCUUCAGCCUCACGAGCGUCCCGGUGCGGCCGGCGGCUCGAAGCGACGCAGGCAUCGCCAAAGAGUUCCCCGUGUCGUCGGGAUCUCAGCACCGUAAAAAGGAGGGCGAGGGGCCGAGCGCCUACGGAGAAUGGGUCCCAGUGGAAAAGGGCGGCGAGAAAAACACGGCGAACAACAAGAAAAGCUCUGCACCGUCCAAGUCCUCCACAGACGGCGCUGCGGAGGCGGAGCCUGAGCCGGAGCCAAAACCCGCCGCAGAAAGCGACAGUGUGUUCCCAGAACCCCCUCUGCAGCCCGUGGACAUCUCCCAAGCAGUGGGUGAGAGGCUCAAAGCCCAGAAGAGACUGGCUGAGAACCCGUACGACGUGAGCGCCAUGUGCAUGCUGAACCGUGCACAGGAGCAGGUGGACGCCUGGGCGCAGUCCAACACGGUCCCAGGACUCUUCACAGGAUCCACAGGGGCUCAGGUCCUCAGCUCCGAAGAACUCUCCUCCAACGGACCUCAGGCCUGGCUCAAGAAGGACCAGUUCCUGAGGGCGGCUCCAGUGUCGGGGGGCGUGGGGGAGUUCCUGAUGAGGAAGAUGGGCUGGAGGACGGGGGAGGGGCUGGGGAGGAACCGCGAGGGCACCGUGGAACCAAUCAUCAUCGACUUCAAGGUGGACCGCAAAGGGUUAGUGGCUGAAGGAGAGAAGCCGCAGAAGCAGACUGGAGGACUUGUCGUUACCAAGGACCUGAUGGGGAAGCACCCGGUGUCGGCUCUGAUCGAACUGUGCACGAAGAAGAAGAUCAUGCAGCCGGACUUUGUCAUGGUGCACCACAGCGGCCCCGACCACCGCAAGAACUUCCUCUUCAAGGUGACGGUGGGUGGAGUGGACUACCAGCCGCAGACUGCCAGCCCCAAUAAGAAACACGCAAAGGCCAUGGCAGCGACUGUGGCUCUGCAGGCUCUGGGAGAGGUCCCUGCGGAUGGACCGGGUCUGUACGCGGGCCCCGUCUUCACCGCUGCCUCCACCGGACCCUUGUUCUCCACGUGA